AUGCAGGUACGCAAUCACAUAUUAUGCUAUAUAUUUUGUCAGAUUUGUCUGGAUCUUGCACACGAUUGUGGCCGCAGCCCUGAUCUGCUCUUGAGCUUUAGUGUUGAAAUCAUCAACGGCGCCGGGAAGUUGGCCGACUGCUGUUUGAAGUUCAUUUUUGACCUGCUCAUUAAAUUUUCUGACAAGCGCAUCCUUCUCAACCAUUUCCCUCACUUCCCCCAAUUUACUGUCCACGGCUUGGGCUGUGCCAUCACCGGGGGUGGGAGGUGUGGAGACAUUUUGAGUUGCCUUGUCAAGCUGACCGUGAAGCUCAUCUACAGUCGGCUUGAUUUGGUCCAAAAUAUCGCCAAAUUUGCCGAUGCCUAA